UUUACUUCUGGGAAGUCUGACAGACCGACAUUAGUGGACCAGAGUUCGGCUGUAACACGGAGGAUUACCCUGCAGUAUGGAUCUGUUCUCUGGGGAUUAUAAUGUCGACAAAGACGGACAGAGGGAUCCGGGAACCGCGUUGGGUGACGGGGGAAAGCUCGGCGGCUCCUCCGGUGGUGUGCCGAAAAUCGCUUUCAGCGGUCUGUACAGAUACAUUUAUCCGAGAAAGGGUGACUGUGAGGCGGAUACAGAGCACCGCGGGGGGACGGUCCUUUCACCGGCUGUUGCAAUCAAAUUUUCUACAUUUGGAUACACUUUUAUGCACCAAUUCACGGUGGAAAUAUACCUUUAUUUAGGAUAUGGGAAGAAAAAGAACACAGGUGACAUUCAUAAUAUAUCAAAAAUAUAAUGGAAAGUAGCUAUGUUGUUGCGUGUCAUUGGACAUUUUAAGUGAAAAAUCCUGGAACUUUCUUUAGUGGGUAUACUACGUACAUCACGUAGACCACACCACUGCUUUUAUGCACCAAAACGACUAGUUAAAGUAAAACAGAAGAUUAGGCAGAAUGGGGGAUACCUCCAGCCCGACACCGGCAGAGACGGACAGAUGGAUCCGGACAUCGCGCUCGGUGGCGGGGGAAAGCUCCGCGGCUCCUCCGGCAGCAACAACCAGGAAGAAGGGACACCAUGAGAGGGUUUAGGUCGGAGGAGGAUUGGCUAGGGCUCAACGUGAGCUGAAAGGUGACAAGGGGAACUUCCUUUUUCUUCUUGAAAACUACAACAUCUGUUUCCAAGUUUCAACAUUGACCAUGUUGUCUUCCACUGUCCUGUGUCUCCUGCUCCUCCGGACACUUUCUGCCUCUGAAGAGAUAAGAAACCUAACAGUGUACCCUGGAGAUGAUGUCAUUCUGCCAUGUCAGGCUGCUGAUUCCUCCAUCAGUGUUGUAGAGUGGAGCAGACCUGACCUGGAGCCAGAUACCGUCCUCUUAUCCAUCGAUGGACACUUAGAACCAACCCAGCAGCAUCCGUCCUUUAAGGACAGGGUGGAGCUGGUGGACAGAGAUCUGAAGGACGGAGACGUGUCUUUAAUUCUGAAGAAUGUGAGCAGCAUCGAUAUCGGGACAUACGAGUGUCGAGUUAAACCAGAUGGUUCAAGACAUAAAAAGAGAGCCAACAUCGACUCUGAGCCAAUCAGAAUCAUCCGUCUGCAGGUUCCAGAGCCAGCAGGUUCUGCUUCCAAGGAUGAAAACUCCAUGAAUGAUGUCCCUGAGGACAGAAACUCCUCUCCUGGAGGCCGAUACCAUGGACUGGCAGCAGGUGUUGCAGGUGGACUGCUUCUUGUAGUUGCUGCAGUGGUUGGUGUCCUGAAAUAUAAAAGACAUAAGGACGAGAAGUCAGGACAUCAAGGAUGAUGAUGAUGAUGAAGCAUCGGGGCAAUAAGCUCGUCUGAUAACUCCCAGAGCUCUUAACAACAGACUGUUUUCUCAUGUGUCGUAUAUUCAAGACUUCUCUUACUGUGGGUGUGAGGUCAUGUUGAAAUCUGCUGUUUGUUUUUUCUCAACCAAUCUCUUCCCUCUAUGAAAUCCACAUACUUUUUUAAAGUAAAAGUACUUUUAGUACUAAGACCUUUUACUCAAGUAAAAGUUCUGUUACUUAAAAGACACCAAACAUAUCACCCCACCUUACUGUGGUGGGGGGGGGGUCUGUGUAUCUGAGUCUGGGAUCUGUAUCAUCUGGAGCUCUGAGAUCCUCUAGGGGCUCCAUGGUGAGAUGGUCCCAGAGGAGGAACAGACUAAGAGAGAUUUAGUUUAGAUUAUCUUUACCUUUGGAGAACUCGAACGUUUUACGUGAGUAUAAGUACUGUUACUUUAAAGAAAAACAGUGUUACUUAACUAAAAGUACUUAUUUGAUACCUGACAAUUGUGCUUAGAUAAAAGAUAAGUCAUUAAAAUGUUCUUUAAGAGCAGAAUGAAGCAGAAAACAGAUUUUCACACAAUAUAAACUCAGCAGUAUUACACAGAAAUAUUUAUAUAUGAAGGGAAUUUUAAAUGAUUGUUUUCUGCUGGGUAAUAUGAAGCCUCAGGGUACCUGCUUGGAAUGUUAUAUUUCCAGCUAAUGAUAUAAAAUCAUCUAACAUUGAAUGGUUUAAACUGAGGAGUUGAUUAAAAUGUGAAUAUUGUUAUUGUAAUUACAAAAUCAUCUGAUGCAGCUCAGAAUAUCUCAAGGGGACAUAGAGGACGAGUCUGUCUCUAAAUUAGACCUUAAACUGGAUUCAUUAUCUACUAAGUAGAAUUACAUGAAGUUUACAAAAUGAAAUGUUAUGAAAUGUGAACUAUACGAAAGUGAUGAUCUUUGAAAGCCGCUCCAAAUAUCCAACCUCAUAUUGAAGUUUUAAAUGUGUAGAGGAGGAUCAGAGACUGGGGGGAGGAUGUGUUCCUGAGAGACUAAGACCUGAAUCUGAUGGAGGGUCUCUGGUUUCAGCUGAAGACAUCUUUGUCCAACAUGUCUCCAGGAUUUCACAAACACUUUCUGAUCAAGAAGCACCCACCACGCCUGUGUUCCAGGGUAACUGCAGCAUGAGGAACACAACUCACAGACCAAAACUCACCUGGACGGUGUCCAAGUCCUCUUUGUGUUUUCUCACCUGGAGUCUUUCAUUUUCCUCUUUAAGGUCUUUGUUAUAAACAGGGAGCUAACCAUUACAGUGUGUUUCUCCGCUAACCCUCAACAGUUAAUAAAAGAGGAGAUGAUUUAAUAUAAUUUAUUCUGAGUUUAAAUUUAAAUAAUCAAAACAUGUAAUAUCUAUUUAUUUUUACAAAAUGAACAUAUUCAAAUAAAUAUGUUAACCAUG